ACCUUCGUAGACCGAAUAUUUGGAGAGAGCAAGCUGGGUGCUGACGAGGUUAUUGGGUACGCGAAGGGGGUCUGGUCGUUAUUCACUACGGUUUGAUAGAGUGGCUGUGCAGUCCAGGUUGACGUCAUGGAUUAUAAGUUGGAACUAUCGAGGACUCAGACGGCAUCAGUACUCAUCUCCGAACUUUCUAGCUGGUGUAUGGUGCACAAUGAGUCUAAGACUAGAUGUUCUGAAAUCGCUCACCCUGGACGAUCGCAAGUCGGUUUCAAACACGUCAUCGACACGGUCCCAGCCUGAGGUAGACACUGAUGACGAGCUCAUCAACGUUUUUUCGUCUCCAGGAACACCUGCGCGAUCUCGCGCAUCUUCGCGACCCGCAUCUCGACCUGGAUCACCAACUCCCCGCUCGCAUCUGCGUGAGGGCUUGGCACCGUUGACAUCCACCAGAUCGCGGUCUACAGACCCAUUGAGGGCAUUUUCAACACAAAUAUCCCAGCGUAUCUUUCGUUGGCUAGAUGUCUCAGACCUCGCAGCGUGCUCGGGGGUUUCGCGGAAGUGGAACAAGAGCCAGACACUCAAUUACAUGUGGUUCCUACAGUGUAGGAAAGAGAGUUUCCUUGAAGAUGCCUUGCCUCCUGGAAAAUGGACUCGCAGGGAGUCCAGGGAAAACUGGCGUCUCGCGUACUCGAAACUGGUUUCCAAUAAAUCGACCCCUUCGUACCCAUUGCAUCCGAGUGGUUCGGGACGGACUUCACCAUCGAGGAGGGGCUACCAAACACCAAAGGAGAGGAACGAAGAAAGGUGGAGACUCGAAGAUGAAGAGCAGAGUCGCCCCAGUAAAGUGGAGAUGCGAGAGAUGUACAAAGAACUCGGAGGAAGAAAGGCGAAAACCAAGGUCAAGCUAGGUAGCACUGGUGGAGUUAGGGACAAGACUGGUUGGGUGGUAGACAAUGAAGAAUGAUAAAUCCGUAGACUUCUGGAACGUCACCACCACACGAGACACUUUAGGAACGCGAGUGUAGAGAUUCGGAAAAUGCCAUGCGCAUAAGUUUAAUAAAGCGAUAUAUGUUCCCCGUUUCUUUGAGAUCAUUCAAGAGGAUGGGCAAGGUGGGGAGAGGGGGUGUGGUGGUGAUCA